AUGUCACAAAAAAAAUUUAGAAAUUAUACAGACUCUAGAGGAUCAAAGCCUCUAGUUGUUUAUGAGGACACUGAGACCAUACGGGAGAGAAAGAGACUUGCCUUGAGACCUAUGGGCAGGAAUAGGGCCAUGAGCCAUGAAACCCAGCUCCUACAUGGGGUGACUCCCCAUGCUCCAUCCCUGGCUCCUACAAGGGCUUUGGCUGGGCCAAGACUAGCUCCCCACACCCUCAGUGUGAGAACCCUGGUGUGUGGCACCCCCAGGCUUCAGCUCCCCAACACUGGAACAGGCUUCAGGUGGAGGGUCUGUCCACAGCAGGCAUCGAUAGAGCCUCAGGCCUGA